UCCCAGGUGAAGAUGUACAAGGUGACGUUUGUGUACUGAAGAGACUAGCGCGAUGUGACAAAUUUAAUCAUAUAUGGAAUAACUGAUUCUGGACUCAUGGCCUUCAGUCAGUCCCAAACAAACAAACAUCACCGAUCAUUGAUCAACUUGUAAACUGCAUUGCAUUCAAGUGCUGAAGCAACACUCUGUUCUCAUCAUGAAUCUGACUGAGAUCUGUGACAAUGCUAAGAAAGGAAGAGAAUAUGCAUUGCUCGGAAACUACGACUCAUCCAUGGUGUACUACCAAGGUGUUAUACAACAGAUCCAUAAGCACUGCCAGUCGCUGAGAGAUCCUGCCCAGAAAGUCAAAUGGCAACAAGUUCGACAGGAGCUGGCAGAGGAAUAUGAGCAGGUAAAGAGCAUUGUAAAUACCCUGGAGAGUUUCAAGACGGAUAAACCAGUUGAUUUCCCGAAUCCUCAGCCUGAAGAGGGCCCAAGGGACCGUGAUGUCUGGCCUCCCCCAACCCCGGCGGAGCACAGAGGACCUGUUCAGGUGAAGAAACCAAUCAUUGUAUCAAAGCCUCAGAAGAAAGACUCGCCUGCCAUGCAGCAUCGUGGACCUGUGGGGAGGGGACAGCCGAAUGUCAAAGCUGAAAGACCAAACACCCGCGAUGGCCGUGGAAAUAGAGUUAAAGAUGAAAAGAGUAAGAAAAAUGCCCAGGAAGGUCUUGGUGAAGGAGAACAGAGGAAGUUUGAUGGCACAGGCUAUGACAGCGAUCUGGUGGAUGCCUUGGAAAGAGAUAUUGUGUCCCGAAAUCCCAAUAUCCACUGGGAUGACAUAGCAGAUCUAGAAGAUGCCAAGAAGCUACUGAGAGAAGCAGUGGUCCUGCCAAUGUGGAUGCCAGACUUUUUCAAAGGGAUCCGUCGCCCAUGGAAGGGGGUGCUGAUGGUGGGCCCUCCGGGCACAGGGAAGACCAUGUUGGCUAAAGCGGUUGCUACCGAAUGUGGCACAACUUUUUUUAAUGUGUCAUCCUCUACCCUCACCUCCAAAUACAGAGGAGAAUCAGAGAAACUCGUACGGCUUCUCUUUGAAAUGGCACGUUUUUAUGCCCCCACGACAAUUUUUAUUGAUGAGAUCGACUCUAUCUGUGGCAGGCGUGGCACAUCAGACGAACAUGAAGCCAGUCGCAGAGUAAAGUCAGAAUUACUGAUUCAAAUGGAUGGUGUAGGGGGUGCUCUAGAGAACGACGAUCCCUCCAAGAUGGUAAUGGUCCUGGCUGCCACUAACUUCCCCUGGGAUAUCGACGAGGCUCUGAGAAGACGACUAGAGAAGAGAAUUUACAUUCCACUACCCACUGCUGAAGGACGGGCUGAACUGUUAAAGAUCAACCUAAGAGAAGUUGAUGUGGCAUCUGAUGUGGAUCUGACGCUCAUCGCUGAAAAAAUUGAGGGUUAUUCAGGAGCUGACAUCACCAACGUCUGCAGAGAUGCAUCAAUGAUGGCCAUGAGAAGACGAAUUCAAGGUCUCAGCCCGGAGGAGAUACGGGCGCUUUCUAAAGAUGAACUCCAGAUGCCAGUCACCAUGGAGGACUUUGAGCUGACACUCAAAAAGAUAUCAAAAUCUGUCUCAGCUGCUGACCUGGAGAAAUACGUCUCCUGGAUGUCUGAGUUUGGGUCGGUAUAAAGAAAACCAUGCAGAGGAUAGUAUGAAUUCCCUUGGGUACGGCACACGAUGGAGCAAUACUUGAAAAAGAUACGAUGUCUUAAGACACUUUAUUAUGCGAAGAUGCUACUGAACAUUGUUGUGGAAGUGAUGUCCUGCUGUGUUUGUUUAUGCCCGGAUCAUUUAUUGUCAAAAAUGCACCAGAUGCCGGUGCAGUCUGUGGUACGACACUAAGACACUUUUAUUAGUUACUCGUAGCGUUUCAGUUUUAAGUCUGCUAACAUGGAUGGAAAUAACCUGAAUGCUAAUAACAUGUUUUAAGUCACAUCUGUGAAGGUUGUGAAAAUGAUUCUUGUUACAUGCGAGCAGCAUUAUUGCGGUUGCUGUAUGUUUUAUAGUGUGUAGACACUUUUUUUAUUUGUUUUACCAGACUUACAGUCAUAAUAAAAUUAACAUUUAUUCUCUUCCGAUUCAAUGUUGCCCCUUGGCAAGUUAUCCCCAUUUGCUAUGUUAACAUGUUUCCAGUCUUAAUGUGCUCAAUUCAUCACUUCACAUUAUACCAAGUUCUUGCUUUCAAUGUCAUAUCUUGCUUUGAAUUGCUUGCAAUCAUAUCUGGUUCCAUUCUCUAAUGGAACGUUCACUUUUCAUCAAUUCCUGAUGGUAAAAUCAAGUCCAACCCUGUA